AUGGACCAGAAAAGAGCAGCGGCAGGAUCAUCGUCCCAAGGAGAGGCACAAUUCCCCGGCCAAACAACCUCCAGUUACUGCCCGCCAACCAGCGGAGCAGACUACUACCACAGCAGUAACAGCACCUUCCCACCACCAUCAGGUACCGCCGUCGGGGCCCCUGAGCCCUCGCCCCCACCGUCCCUGCUAGGCCAGGCGGCCGCCGGGGGCCAGGCCGGCUCCUCCUCCUUCACCAGCACGUGGAUCACGCCCGCAUCCACCGAGGAGCUCGCAGCCGGCGGCGACGACGACGACAACAGCUUCGCCGACACGGACUUUGUGUUCGAGAACGGCCGCAGGUACCAUGCCCCCGCCUCGGGCAGGGUCGUCUACCCCCUGCCCAACGACGAGUCCGAGCAGGAGCGCGACGACAUGAAGCACAAGCUGGCCCUGUGGAUGAUGCACGAGAAGCUGCUGUACGCACCCGUCGAGGAGGCGUUGAAAAGGGGCGGCAUGGUUUUCGACCUGGGUACCGGGACAGGGGAGUGGGCCAUGGAAAUGGCUCAGAGGUACGGGAAAUCACAGAUCUUCGGCUGCGACAUAUCACCAAUACAGCCGGCUUAUGUCUGGGACAAUGUCUUCUUCUCGGCAGACGACUUCGAGGAGGACUGGACGGACUACCCCGAGAACGCCUUCGACUAUAUACACAUGCGCUACACGGCGUUCUCCAUCAAGGACCCAGCGGCGUUAUUACAACGAGUAAUGAAACACCUCAAGCCAGGCGGCUACAUAGAAUUCCAAGAGCUGACCUACUGGCCCCGGUCAGACGACAACACCCUGACGGAAACAACCCCCUACGCCUUCCGCGACUUCUGCUACUACGUGCAGCUGGGCGUCGCCAACCUGGGCCUCGACCUGCACAUGAUCAACCGCCUCCCGCAGGGGCUCCGCGACGCGGGGUUCGACGACGUCACCGAGGCCCGCCACAAGCUGCCCAUCGGCCGCUGGGCCCGCGACCGCCGCCAGCGCCAGAAGGGCAUCUGGUUCCUGCGCAUGAUCCUCAUGGAGGGCCUGUCCGCCAUCGCCAAGAGGCCCCUCACGCAGGGCCUCGGCUGGAAGGCCGAGCAGGUCGAGAUGUUCCUCGUGGACGUGCGCAAGAGCCUUAAUGAUACCAGCGUGCAUGCGUAUUUCCCCUUUAGCGUCGUCUACGGGCGGAAGCCGCUCGAGACUGCGCCGGCGGCGGCGGCAUCGCGAUAG